AGUAAUUACAGAUAUGCCUCAACAACCAGUAGUAAAAAGAAGCACUUACUGUCUCCUUAUGCUGUUUUGGAUCGCUUUACAUGACCGUAGCAAAACCUUUGGUCAAGGACUAGAUAUUGCAUGCAAUGAUUCUCUAGCAACCGUAGAACCUAAGCAAUGUCCAAGGAAUAAAGCCGAGCGAGAUGUUGCCGCAGCUAAGAAGAACUGCGGUAGUCUUAAAAACACUUGUAGAUCUUUUGAAUACCAUUGCGUUAUAAAUGAAUGGAUGAAUGGAACCAUAGACGUAUGUGCGCCAUCAAUGAUUAUACAAAAGGGAAAAUGUGCCGAAUUCAGCACUGGAUUUAAAUCGAUUCGCAUAAAUUUUCUCACUGACUGCAAAAAGUAUGAUCCUCCAUGUCCAGAGUCUUACAACUCGACAGAGGCUUACAAGUAUGAUGGGUGCUAUGAUAUGGCAAUAUUAACGCCACUCCCGACUACCACGUUUCAAAUGACAACGGCAAGUGGUGCAACGGUUAUGGAGAACUCAUCUCUAACGACAGUUAGAGGGGGAAAUGAUAUACCCAAGGAAAGUGAAGCCAAUGUUUCGAUUAUUUUAAUUGUAGUAGUCAUAGUGAUUUUUGUAAUUGUUGUGAUCAUAGCAUCAGUCAUUAUAUUUAAGAUGAAAAGGCGCAGACGGUCUUCAUAUGGAGAUGCCAACGAAUCUGAGGAAGAAAGAGAAGCUUUAUAAAAUUAUAAGUGAUAAAAUCUCCGCUUGCAAGGUUGAUAGAGGAAUGACAAGCUAGUGUACACCAGUGUUUCACAAUAUCAGUUGUUGUAUAGUAAGCCUUCCGCUUAGCAAAUCUUGCCCGAAGUGUUUUGGUAUCUAGAUAUUAAAAUAACAAUAAGAAUUAAUCUUAUAUAUUUAACAUCCCCAAAAAGAGUUAUCUACGUGAACAAUAUGUCAGAUAAAUAUUUCCAAAAGAAUAAUUCUUUCCAAAGUAAACAUUCCCGGCGUAUAACAUCAAAAUCACCCCCGAUGUUUUAAUGUAAAAAUGAUACAAUUUCUGAGAACAUGAAAAUAAUUAAUUGAUAAUCAAUGUAAUACAACAAUACUUUUAUGAUGGAAAUCCGCUGUAUUAAAUGCCGUUCAAAUUAAUUCUAAAUUGAUUUUUAUAGAUUCGAAACGAGGGUUUUGUAUCAGAAUUAAUACCAUAUAUCAUAUUUUGUAUGAUCCAAAUCCAUGAUACCAGUAUCCUUUGUCUUAGAACCGACCCCUUUUCAUUUUUAUUUCAUACUUAACCAUAUUUUAAUACGUUUUUCUCUAUCUAUAUACUUUUUUUCACAACCAAGUAUGUGUUCAUCGAUUUUACUAGUGCGUCUUGGUUUUACAAAUAUGUGCUCAGUGAAUGCCAAACGUGUUCAAUAGAUUUUUAUUCUAUUUAUGAAAAUAUAUUUUACUCAAUUACUUAACCGAAAGAUCGUUUCUUUCUGAAGGAAUUCAUUCGACAUGUGCACUAUUAUACUCCAACAAUUAUUUUUUCAACACAAAUAAGUUAUGAUUUCAACUAAUUCACUGUUUGAUUAAAUAGACAUUUGCAUUUAAAGAUAUGAUUUUCAAUGCAUACAAACACCAGGAAAGUGAGAGAGACUGCAAUUUUCAUUUUAAACAUUAUGUAUUUAAUUAGCUUGCUGCAGCGAGAUUCACAUUUCUUGUCCGGAUCAUAGCAUUGUCUGUAGGCAUUAUGUUAUUAUUGCUCAAACAUAUUUUCAAUUGGUAUUGAAUGUACAAAUGUACUUUAUUUUACACUGGAGUAUAUAUUCAUUUAUUGCGCUAUUAUUCAAGACCAAAGUUUUUGAGUGAAUUAACUGAUAGUGCAUUUAUUAAACAGUGAGGAUAGAUUUUCCCAUAGGCUGACAGACAUUUGUAGUUGCAUUACUCAAUUUGUUUUUAAAAACCGUUGCAGUUAUGAGACUAUAUCUUUCAAAAGCUAAUGAUUCAUUGCUUAAAUAUGCUUAAAUUUUGCUUUUUAUUACAUGUUACACUUAAAAUCUACAAUUGUUAACCAUGUGUUUAUGAUAGGAUAACUGGGAUGUAAUUUACUUUUUCCUCUUACAUGUUUUUGAUAAAAGUAUGAUUUUUUUCCAUGUAAUUUCACAUUUCAUUUUCUAUUCAGGAUAUGCCUCAGAAUGAAUAUUAAGUCUAGGUACAAGUGUUCAUUUUACAUAAGGAGGUAAAACUGCAUUAACAGUACUAUUGUGCACUUAAGUAUUCCAUUAUACUUUUUUAGAAAUAUUUAAAUUUUUCAGCAAAAAGUUUUUUGUAGCAAAAAGUAUGUUUUGUUAUGCAAUUUUUGCAUUAUUACACUGCCAUAACAUUUUUUAAAAAUCCGUCACUUUACGGACAUAAAAUUUUUAUAGAUUGUUUUUCCUUUGUAUGCUUUUUUUUACAACCAAGCACCGGUAUGUGUUCAGCGGUUAUACUAUGUGCGCUUUGGUUUUACAAAUAUGUGUUCAGUGGAUUCCAAACAUGUGUUCAAUAGAUUUUUAUUCUAUUUAUGAAAAUAUAUUUUUCACAAUUAUUUAACUCAAAGAUUGUUUAUUCGACUUGUACAAUAGUACACUUUAACAAUAAUUUCUUUCAACACAAAUAUGUUAUUGAUAGGCAGACAGACAUUUGUAAUUGCAAUGCGCGUUACUCAGUUUGUUUUUAAAUACCAUUGCAGUUAUGAGGCUGUAUCUUUCAAAAGCUAAUGAUUCAUUGCUUAAAUAUGCUUAAAUUUUGCUUUUGUUACAUGUAACACUUAAAAUCUACAUGUAUCUAUUAUGACCCAAGCUAAUUUUGUUCUUGCUUAAUAUUUGUUAAUGAUAGGAUAACUGGGAUGUAGUUUACAUGUACUUUUUCCCUUUACAUGUUUUUAAUAAAAGUCUGAUUUUUUUCCCACGUAAUUUCACAUUUCAUUUUCUAUUGAGGAUAUGCCUCAAAAUGAAGAUUAAGGACAGAUGAUACAAACAAAAAAUGCAUGCCUCGGUUGGUAUAUAUUUUUUGGCCUAAUUUCAUUAAAAAUUAUGCAAAUAAUAAAUUUCUAGAAUAUAAAGAAUUUGUAAACCUUCUGUGAUGUUCCAAAUUCAGCCUCUCUG